AUGCAGAAUCCAACUAUUGCUAUCCCACUCAAGAAAACAGACGAGGUGGAUUGGACAACACCGCUGCGGCAGGCGAUCUCGCACUCGUAUGGCGACAACCCGGACAGCUAUGUCACCGAGAUUGGGCAAUUGUCACGUUGUCGGCAGGACGCAGUGAGGGGAGCGGGGAGUGAUCAGACGGCAAGAGACUUACUGUACAAGUACUUUGGGCAACUGGAGCUCUUGGAGCUGCGUUUCGCCGAAAUCAAGGUCUCCUUCCCUUGGUAUGAUGCGUUUACAUCCAAGUUAACGACACAGACGUCGUUGGCAUUUGAGAAAGCCUGCGUUAUCUUCCAAAUCGCCGCAGUUCACUCCGCACUUGCUCAACAACAGCACCGAGGUUCUCCUGAGGGGAUUAAGCGCGCAUUUUACUUCUUUCGAUCUGCCGCUGGCCUGCUCACUUACAUCAACGAGAACUUCCUGCAUGCGCCAUCUACUGACCUCUCUAAAGAGGUUGUCAAGUUCUUGACGGGCAUUAUGAUGGCUCAGGCAACCGAGGUUUUCUUCGAGCAGAGCCGCGAUACGAAGAAGAGCGACGCACUGGUAGGCAAGAUCGCAGCGCAGACGGGGGCCCUGUACACUAGUUUGUCGGAAGAAGCCCGCGACUUCAUGGGCAGAGGCAUAUUCGACCGGAACUGGGUGUCGCUUGUCCAAAUCAAGGCAAAAUAUUUCACUUCGGUUGCCCACUUGUAUCGCUCUCAAGUCGAAGCAAAGGACUCGAAGCAUGGGGAGGCACUUGCCCGGCUCCAACUUGCAGAGAGUCUUGCGAAGGAAGCCAACCGGAUGUGCAACUCAUUCACCCCAUAUGCGCUGUCGUCGUACUCUCCAACACUACCAGCAGACGCAUCGUCUUGUAUCAUCGAUAUCACCAAGACACACCUUGCCACUGUGACUGCCGCCCGAGAGCAAGCAACUAAGGACAACGACUUGAUCUAUAAUGCUGCAGUUCCCACGGAGGCGACCCUGCCGCAGCUUGACAAGCUCGCGGUCGCCACUCCUAUCACGAUACAGGAAAUCUACGCAUCACAAGACGUGCAGGCAGUCAUCGGCAACGACUUCUUUGCACGACUCAUUCCUAUGGCAGUGCACGAAAGCGCCAGUAUCUAUAGCGAGGAGAAGGCCAAGGUGGUCCGUUCCGAGAAUGCUCGUGUACAGGAAGCAGAGGAUGAAGCCGAGCUAGGUCUGCGAGAUUUGGGCGUAAUCGGACCUCAGAUCGGCAAGUGGCGCGAUUGGGGCGACGGUGGCAUCGCAGCGGCGAAUGGACCGGACAAAACAGAGGAGGAGAGAUACCGGUAUGAGGCAGAGAUCAGGAGCGAGGAGGAGAGGGGGACCGUGCGCAGCAUGCUAGCCGACUUGGACAAGCUCAAAACUUCUGUUGGCCAAGAUUUGGGUGCUGCUGAACGAGAGCUAGAGAUUGAGACCAGAGACUGUGAAACCAACAGGGUCAAAUACCAAGAUCUCUGGACACAGGAGCCGUCAGCUCCUUUGACAAGAGAGCUGCGCCAGCGUCUCCGCGAGAAUCGUGAUGCGUUCACAUCAGCCAGCGAAUCUGAUACCCGCAUUUAUUCCCUCUGGACGUCUGUAGAGGGCGAUGUCACCAUCCUGCUGGCUGGUCAACCCUUGCCUGAUGUCCAGCCCAGCAGUAACAGCAUGAACCUCGUCGAUACUGAUCUGAGCAGUGACGAUGACGAUCAGGCCCGGGCGGAUGUCAAAGCCAAAGUGAAAGAGAUUGACGAGCGAGUCGGUCGCCUCAACAAGAUUCGCCGAGAACGCACCGAGGUGCUCAAAGAUCUCAAGCAGAAGAUACAAGAUGACGAUGUCUCUCAUCUGCUUUUGGUCAGCCGACGCUCUCAGCCUGGUAUGGAGUCGCAGCUGUUCACUGCAGAGCUGGAGAAGUUCCACCCGUACCAGGCUAGGAUCGCCGCCACCUUAGCUCUACAGGAACAGCUGAUGAGCGAGAUUGCCGAGCUGUGGAGGAACUUAACGAUGGGAAAGGCGGUACGAGAAUGGGCGAGGAAAUGGGAGCAGGAAGAUCGAAAGGCGAAGGACUCAGGCGAGAGGUAUAGCAGGGUACGUGUGGCGUAUGCUGAGGUUCGCGAUGGUCUUGGGAAAGGGUUGCAGUUCUAUCGUGACCUCACAAACAUGGUCACUUCGUUGCGUCGUGACACUCUCUCCUUCUCUAAGAGUCGCGCUGCAGAACGUGAGCGUCUUAUUUCCUCGGCGGAGACGCAGCGUCGUCUGCAGUCACCUACCUCCUCUGGACUGCCGGCUCCCCCUCCCCCGCCUUCGGCCAGUUCUCUUGAGAAGACGUUCGGCAGCAUGUCGCUACAGGAUGCCGGUAUCCCACCCCGUCCUCCACCUCCUCCUCAGCAGCAGCAGCCCCGUUGGCCAGCAUCACAACCUCCUGCUCCCAUGUCUCCCGUCCAUGCAGCGGCGACACCUCCGGCAUCGUCGCCCUAUCCAUCUUUUCCGACCCCACCUUCCCAACAGCCUGCCCGGACACCGGCCGCAGACCCUUAUGCUGGUCUGUUUAACGCUGGUGGUGCAUUCUCGAGUGAACCCGCGCGCCCACGUCCUCCGUCCCAGGCAGUACCACAGCCGCCCCCCCAACCUUCUUUGCCUCCUCCGCCCCCGCGUCAGCCGUCCUACCCAGCCCCACCAAGCCAGCCUCAAUACCCCUCUAUGCCGCCUCCCCCAGCGACGAGCUCGCCAUACCCGGGCUACCCUCCUCCCCGGCCUCAGCAGCCUCAGCAACCAGCAUAUCCGUCGUUCCCCCCACCCCCAGCACCUCUAGGGCAAUGGGGCCAACCCGCCCGUCCUGGCCCUGCACCCGCGUAUCCUCCUCCCCCAAGCCAGCAGCCGGGGUAUCCCGGUGCGUACCCUCCACCACCGCCGUCUCAACAGCAACAGCAGACCGGGUAUGGAGGGUAUGGCCAACAGACCGGAUAUUAUGGGCGCUGA